CUUCAGACAUACAAGCUUGCGCAAAACCGUUUGGGAUUUAGGAUAGAAACAACAGUUUUAGACAAGUUUAUAGCAUGUGAAAAAAAAUAGAAGAAAAAUAAUAAUGUACGUUGUUGGCGUUGGCAUGUCCAAGUUCAUUAAGCCACGCGGUGAAGUCGACUACCCUGAGUUUGGUCUUGAGGCUUCUGUCAAGGCAUUGAACGAUGCUAAAAUCACCUAUGACGAGAUUCAGUAUGCCGCUUGCGGUUACGUUUAUGGAGACAGCACUGCUGGUCAGCGUGUUCUCUACCAACUUGGCAUGACUCAGAUUCCAGUAAUUAACGUCAAUAACAACUGCUCGACUGGUUCGACUGCAUUGUUACAAGCCCGUAUUGCUGUUGGAUCUGGUAUGGUUGAUUGUGCCAUGGCUCUCGGCUUUGAGCGUAUGGCCAGAGGUUCCUUGACAAGCACAUACAGCGACCGAACUAACCCCAUGGAUCAUGUAACCAUGGUGAUGGCUGGUGAAAAGGGCUUCGAGCCCAAAGCCCCCGGUGCCGCUCAAAUCUUUGGCAAUGCCGGUAUUGGAUACAUGGAAAAGUAUGGUGCUACUGAAGAACACAUGGCCAAGAUUGCCGAAAAGAAUCAUCGCCACAGCUCCAAGAACCCUUACUCGCAGUUCCGUGACAUUUACUCGUUGGAGCAGAUCAAGCAAUCUCCCAAGGUCUAUGGUCCCUUGACCAAGCUUCAGUGCUGCCCUACUUCUGAUGGCGCUGGUUGUGUGAUUGUUGCUAGCGAAGCCUUUGUCAAAAAGCACAAUUUGAUGGAUCAGGCUGUUGAGAUCUGUGCCCAGUCAAUGGCCACUGACUCGCCUCGUCUUUUGACCACCGAUGCUAUCCAAUGGGCUGGUUUCGACAUGACCGUCUCUGCUGCCAAAGAAGCAUUUGCUACUGCUAAAAUUACACCUAACGAUGUCCAGGUAGUCGAAUUGCACGAUUGUUUCUCUGCCAAUGAGUUGUUGACAUACGAUGCCCUCGGCUUGACUGCCCCAGGCAAAGCUCACACUUUGAUCGACUCGGGUGAUAACACAUAUGGCGGUAAAUACGUUAUCAACCCUUCGGGCGGUUUGAUCUCCAAGGGUCAUCCUCUUGGUGCCACUGGCUUGGCUCAGUGCACAGAGCUUACGUGGCAGCUUCGUGGAUGGGCUGGCGACCGUCAAGUCCCCAACUGCAAAUAUGCUCUCCAGCACAACGUCGGUCUCGGCGGUGCCGUCGUCGUUGGUAUCUACAAGAAGGCUAACGGCAAUGCUACCCAGCCUCAUGUCGGCUACAAUCCAGCAAUCGAGGCUCGUCCCAUCACCCAAGAGGAUUACAACAAGGCUUGCUCAAAGGCAAAGAACCGAGCCGAGUUUUUGGAAGCCAAGCUCUAAAUUAUGUAAUACGUUCGUCUUUUAUAACCAAGUAUAUUGUAGCUUUUAUUAUCCCCCCGCCUGUACCUUUUUUCACAUCAUAUAUGAUAACGUUUUUUAUUUGAGAAAAAAAAACACUCAAUAUAAAUAUAAGACUUUUCAUGUAUAUAUCACCGAACGUCAUCA